AUGUGUCCCAAGGUGAAUGCACUAUGCUUUGCUUCUCUGAUCCUCAUUGUCUGCACUAGUCAAGCGUAUGCUCGUCCUGACUUCCUGGAUGCUAUGAGUAAGCAGUUUUUUGGUUUACUCACAGAAGAUGAAAGUCGACCGCAAUCCCAAGAAGCUACACAAGAUCCUUUUCGCCAAAUGUUUGGAUCACAAAGUCAGAGAUCCCAUUCAAGGCCACCUCCGCCAUCAAAUACUCAUUACGUGAGGCCUCGUGGCGGUCCUCCUAGUCGCCAUCAAAGGCCACCGAAUCGCCAAGGAUACUACGCUCAACCACAAGUAGUACAUUACGAAAAACCGACAGUGUCAGCGCCUUAUCCUCCUUACAAUGGUCCUCCACCAGCUUAUGGCCAACAGCAUGGAUUUGGGCAGCGCCAACCAGACUCAAACGAAACCAAAACAGAUGGUUAUCCUAACGAAGCGCGAAAACCACAUUAUCAACAACAUCAUCCACAUGUGCAGCACGCUUAUCCAGCAGUUGAAUAUCAAGUUCAUCCACACCAUGCUCAACCUGUGGAAUACCACCAACCUCCAGAAACUGUCGUAGAAUAUCAACACCAUCCUCAAAAAUAUCAUCACCAUGAGGCACCACAGGAGGAAUAUCAUCAUCUGCCACCGGAAACCGUCGUCGUCGAAGAACACCAAGGACCUACAUUGGAAAUUCAUACAGCAGGACCUAGUCAUGAUGAGCACCAUCACCAUGAGCCCGAAGGUCAUUACCACCAUCCGCCUCAAUUGCAAUUUGAACACCAUGUUGAACCUAAACCCAAGCGAUUUCACAUUAGUUUCAAUCAGAAUCCGGAUUAUAAAAUAGUUGACCAUCACUUGAAACUGCCGCCAGUAAAAUUUCGUUUUCACAUUAAUCCUAAAAUUGUAAUCACUAGUAAUACAAAAGAUCCACUCGAUAAGAAACAUCAUGACGACGAGCAUGACUUAGAGCCUUAUCCCCCGCCUGAUGUAUUUUCCGACCAUGAAGCACCACCUUCUUUUAAUAAGCACACUAUAGAACAUUAUCCACCUUCACAUCAUUACGCUGUCCAGCAUCAUGAGAGUAAACCACACUAUCCACCUUCACAUCAUUACGCUGUCGAGCAUCAUGAGAGUAAACCACACUAUCCACCUGUUGAGUAUCACGAACCAAAGCAUGCUCAUUAUGCCUUAGAGCACAACCCUCAUGAUUUUAACUAUGAUCUCAGUAAAGGACACAGUCAUUUAAAUCCUCAUCGUAGCAGUGGACAUUAUGAACCUACUUUUAAAAUCAAAACGAAACCUAUUAUUUUCACUGAGCCACCCCCGACUAGACCGACUACUACAACUACUAUACGUCCUCCUACAUCUUCAACAGCUCGCACUACUACAACAACAACCACAACUACAGCUAGACCAUUUAGAAGCAGAGCUCGUAUUAGUGCAAGAAACCCUGGAUUUUCAGUAGCUUUUACGCAGGGUUCUAGCACCUCAACUACUUCUGUAACAUCCCCAAGUACAACUGAGCUUACAACUGCAAGCACUACUACAACAAGAAGGUCAAUUUUUAGAAGUAAUUCUGAAAGGGAAAGAGAAAGCGAUAACAUAGCUCGUAAAGAUGAUUCCUCCUCUUCGUCUACUGAACAAUCAACCUCUGUAUUGAUGAGUACUUCAACAACGACCACAACCAAAGCUCCAACUUCAACCACUACAACUACAACUAAAGCACCGUCAACGACAACAACAACCACUACUACUAAAGCACCUACAACGACAACAACAACUACUACAACAGCACCAACGACUACAACGACAAUGCGAUCAACGACAACUACGACUACGCAACGGCCAUCUACGGCUUCAACAACAACGACCACAACUACUCAAAAAACAACAGCUGUUUCGGCAUUUACUCCAGCAGAAGAAACUACGCCUCGCACCACCACAUUUAACGCGGACUCUAAUGAAAUUGACAUGAGGAAAGACAGAGAACCGCCCAGAAGACCUGAACCUUUGCGAGAGGAAUCUGCUGUGAAAAGAUCUGAAACAAUAAGCUUCGAAAGUUCUGAAUCGGUUAAAGUUAUUGAGACAACUAUGCUCAUCGAUGGAAAGAAUCAAACUGUUCGAUUUUACUACAUUACCCAGCCUGUGAAGUUGCCAUUGGAUGUGUUUCAGCACAUGACCGGGCAAAAGAAAGAUAACAAACCAGGAAUGAGUGUAAUAAAAAUUUGA